AUUUUGUUAAGAGAAGGAGAGAUCGAAAUGGCGAAUGUUGUUCUUGAUGCUUGAUAGUUUAAUAACAGAACUUUUGUUAUAUUGUCCUUGUGCUAAGUUCAUUAAUUUUCUUUGUGUUUCAGCUGUUUUAAAUUUCUAUAAUAUUUUAGUGAAAUUGGUUCUUGUCGGAUAUGGUGAACUAAAUUGCAAUAGAUAAGCUGGACCACUAGCAGUAAUAAAGAUGGCUGAGGUGGAUCCAGAGACAUUACUUGAAUGGCUCCUGACUGGGCAGGGGGAUGAGCGGGAUAUGCAGCUUAUUGCUCUGGAGCAGCUCUGUAUGUUGCUACUCAUGUCAGAUAAUGUUGACAGGUGCUUUGAAAGUUGCCCACCAAGAACAUUUCUACCAGCACUAUGUAAAAUAUUUCUUGAUGAAUGUGCACCAGAUAACGUAUUAGAAGUUACAGCAAGAGCUAUUACCUACUAUUUAGAUGUUUCCGCUGAAUGCACCAGACGUAUUGUUGCUAUUGAUGGAGCAGUGAAGGCUAUUUGUAGUAGACUACUCACCGUAGAUCCCAACAACCGAACUAGUAAAGAUCUUGCUGAACAAUGCAUCAAAGUGUUGGAGUUGGUGUGUACUCGUGAAGCUGGCGCAGUGUGGGAAGGAGGCGGCUUGCCAACAGUCUUGCAUUUCAUUACGCACCAUGGCACAUCUGUACAUAAAGAUACGCUCCACUCAGCCAUGGCAGUUGUAUCGAGAGUUUGCGGUAAAAUGGAACCUGGCGACUCGCGUGUCGGUGACGCAGUCUCGUCGUUGUCUGCGCUGCUGCGUCACAGCGACGCUCGGGUCGCGGACGCCGCCCUGCGCUGCUUCGCCUCACUCGCUGAUCGCUUUGCGCGCGCACACGCUGAUCCGGCGCCACUCGCAGAACAUGGUCUCAUAGAAGAGCUAGUGCGUCGUUUAGGAAGUACUGACAGUGGCGAUGAUAAGUGUCUUGCACCAUCUGUUUCUACUACCGUUAGUCUAUUGUCUACUCUUUGCCGUGGCUCUGCACAAAUAACUCAUGAUCUUGUUCGACUAGAGCUGUGUUCUGCAAUCGAAUCUGCUGUACAGGCAGAUGAAAGAUGGUGUUUGGAAUGCAUGAGACUUGUGGAUUUAUUACUUGUGUUAUUAUGUGAAGGACGACAUGCUAUUCAAGUCAGGGGUUCGAAUAAGGUGGGUUCGAGCGGGGCCGGUUGCGGCGAGGGUAGCAGUACGACCGCGGGUGCUACAACAGACAAGUCGCGAGCGGACAAGUCGCACCGGCAGCUGAUCGACUGCAUCCGCGGCAAGGACACGGACGCGCUACUGACUGCCGUGUCGAGCGGCGCCGUCGACGUCAACUUCACCGACGACGUGGGCCAGACGCUGCUCAACUGGGCCGCCGCCUUCGGCACGCGCGAGAUGGUCGAGUUCCUAUGCGAGAAAGGUGCUGAUGUAAAUCGUGGCCAACGUAGUUCAUCUUUACAUUACGCAGCGUGUUUCGGACGUCCGGCUAUUGCUAAAGUACUUUUGCGAUAUGGAGCAAAUGCUGACCUACGAGAUGAAGACGGAAAGACUCCCCUUGAUAAAGCCAGAGAGAGACACGACCAAGGUCACAGAGAAGUGGCAGCUAUAUUACAAUGCCCAGGAGAAUGGCUUGUAGUUGGAAAUCAGGACUCUCCUACUUCGACUAACGAAGAUGAUUUUCCUGAAACUGGUGACAAAGAGAUGGCGGAGAUAUAUCUAGACCGUCUGGUGGGCGUGUUCUGCGCGCGGUACUUGGGUGCGGGCGCGGCGGGCGUGCGCCGCGCGUGCCUGUCGCUGGUGCGCAAGAUGGUGCAUUACGCGCCCGCGCGCCUGCUACGCCGCAUCUCCGCACGCCGCGAGCCACGCACCGCCGCGCUGCUCACACAACUGGUAGCCGCCGUGCUCGACAACGCGGAUGACGACGAUGGUCACCUGAUUGUGCUAGGCAUCGCAGAGGAACUGAUGGUGAAGGCUGCAGACAUAUACCUGGAGCAGUUCGCCCGUCUCGGCGUUUUCAGCAAGGUCGAAGCCCUAGCCGCCGCACCCGCUGCAACACUCAGCGCUGACGGCGAACCUCUCCCUGCCGGCAGCAGUGAAGACGCUUCGUGCCUUUCUAGCGGCGUGGCAUACUCGUGGGGCGAGUGGUCGGUGUGCCGCGGACGGGACGCGCUGUACGUGUGGGGCGACGCGGCCGCGCUCGAGCUCAGCACUGGCAGCAACGGCUGGUUCCGCUUCCUGCUCGACGGGAAGCUGGCCACUAUGUACUCCAGCGGCAGCCCUGAACACCAGACCGAUAACACCGAAAACCGUGGUGAAUUUAUUGAUAAGCUUCAGAGGGCAAGGGCUUCAGUCAAAAAUGCAGUUCCACAGCCUAUUCUCUCUAAACCUGGACCGGCUAAACUAAUACUUGGCAACUGGGCCUUGUCUUGUAAAAAGGAAAAAGAGCUUCAAAUACACAACACUGAUGGGCAACAGCAAACAACAAUAUUGCGUGAAGAUUUACCUGGUUUUAUAUUUGAAUCUAAUAGAGGCACAAAACACUCCUUUACUGCUGAGACAUUUUUAGGUCCAGAAUUGGCUAGCGGUUGGGCUAAUAGAAGACAAGUUACGACAAAUGCCAGUUCUACUCAAAACCGCUCACGGUUAUCUGCGAAAACGGAAGCGCUCAAGGCACAGGUGUGUGACCGUGCCCGCUCUUUGUAUUCGCGUCAUCUAGCGAGUGCAGCCACGAGGCAACCGCGACCGCCCGUAGCGAGGCUUCGGGCGCUCCUAGCGAGAAUGCAGCGGCUUGCUACUCAGCCCACAAUUGAUUGGCAGCAAGAGCUCACCGAAUCGUUGGAUCAAUUGGCUGAAUUGUUGUGCGGCGAUGAACUUUUGUCUGCUUACGAACUGCAGUCCUCUGGCCUGGCGCCUUCUCUGCUUCUAGUUCUCUCUCCACAACCGAAUGAUGCGCCUGGUCAAGCGAGCGAGCGGGAGCGCAUAGUGCGCACGUGGGUGUGCUCGGGCGAGGGUAAAGCAGGCGGCACGGUAGCGGCGCGGCUGGUGGGCGUGCUAGAGAGCGUGGAGCGGCUGCCUGUGCUCGCGCCGCCCGGGGACGCGGCCCCGCCCGCCCCCGCGCACGGCGCGCUUCACCACCUCACCAAGCGGAUCAGAUUGCGAGUUGAACGCGCCAACGAAGCAGGUGCAGAAGAAUCGAACAGUAAUAAUGGUAACAACGCAGGCCGUAACCUAAAAGUGGAGGCGCUUACCACAGUACGUCAGCUGGAAAGAUUCCUGGCCAAGUAUUUCGCACGACAGUGGUACGACAUGGAGCGUAGCACUUUUAAUUUCGUGCAGAAGAUAAAGGAAGAUGCACCGAUCACUUUCACUUACGACCAUGAUUUCGACGAAAAUGGUGUCCUUUAUUUUAUCGGUAGCAAUGGUGGGACUUGUGAAUGGGUCAAUCCCGGUGCCCACGGCCUCGUCAGCGUGUGGUCCUCAGACGGGAAGCAAUUGCCUUAUGGCAGAGCUGAGGAUGCUCUCUCGCGCUCACCAGAGCCCCUGAACGUGCACACUAACGAUGAUAGGCGCGCGUUCAUUGCCCUCGACUUGGGCUUACAUAUCGUGCCUUCCGCUUACACGCUACGCCACGCCAGAGGGUAUGGCCGAUCCGCACUCAGAAACUGGCUGUUCCAAAUGUCAAUGGAUGGCGUUACUUGGAGCACGCUUCUUGCUCAUAGCGACGAGCAGGCGUUACAAGAGCCUGGUAGUACGGCCACUUGGCGUUUGCGUGCCGACGCAGCCUACAGAUAUCUACGCAUCCAGCAAAACGGCAAGAACGCCAGCGGGCAAAGCCACUAUUUGUCGCUCUCCGGCUUGGAGUUGUACGGCAAGGUGGUGAGCGUUUGCGAAAGCGUGCCGCGUCAGUGUGGGAGUACAGGCCCGGGCUCAGGGGCGACAUCGGGCACGGGGACAACAACAACCCCCGGCAGCGGGACGCGGGCUAGACGCUGGUCACGCGGGGCCCGCGGUUUGUGCGCGGGAGCGCGCGUCAUGCGGGGCCCCGAUUGGAAGUGGCGCGAUCAGGACGGACCCCAUCCCGCCAUGGGUACUGUCACUUCGGACCUUCACAACGGAUGGGUCGACGUCAGGUGGGAUCAUGGCGGAAGGAACUCGUACCGCAUGGGAGCGGAGGGCAAGUUCGAUCUGAAGGUAGUCAGCGGCAGCGGCACAAGCGGCGAGGGGGCGCGACACGGCCGCAAGAGUCACUCCACACCGAGUCUGCCGGACGCCACCGCUGUGGACCACCAGGUUUCUGUUGCAUCGACGGAGCAGGCUUCGUCUGCGGACAACAUAUCGGGCGAGGAGAUGGCCAGCAACAUGACCCGGCCUCGCAUGCACGCCACUGACCUCUCAGCAAUAAACAAUUCCACGCAUCAUAUCAACACGGAUCUCGCAACAAUAGUGGAGUCGUUGACACUGGGCGCUGAAAGCAAUAAUUGCAUGUCGGAUUUGGGAAACACUUCAUUUACGAAGAUGGAGAUGGGCCCGACCAGCAUCACUGAUAUUACAAAACCUUAUCCAGCCAAAGAACCUGUACCUGAAGCGAAUACUGUAGAGGAUACUGAAGCGCGAAAUAGCGAAGGCGACGCAGUACGGAACAGUGCCAACGCUCUGUUGUCUAGCGAGCUUCUCGCGCUGCCCUCCUCUCUGCUGCACACUUUACGGAAUAACGCCAACCGUUUACAUAUACAGUGCGAAGACAACGAGAAUGGCGAUGGUCAAUAUGGCGAACACAAAAAGGACGGCCAGUCUGGUACCGGCUCCGGAACCAUGAGUGCUAGCGAGCCUGACCUCACGCAACAGGGCGCAGCGCGACUUCUAGAGUCUUUGGGAGUUGGGCGAGGUUCUAGCGCUGGUCGCGGUACGAAUCCACAACGGACGACGCGUGCAAACCAUUCGAAUAGCUUAUUUCCAAGCCUGGUACGUCUUGCGCUCUCAAGUAAUUUUCCUGGGGGAUUAUUAUCUGCAGCACAGAGCUACCCUUCCCUUGCACCGAAUGCUCAAAAUGCGCUGACACUGUCUCUUACGUCUACUUCCAGCGAAAGUGAACAAGUGUCAUUAGAGGACUUCCUCGAAUCGUGCCGAGCUCCGGCACUACUUACCGAAUUAGAAGAUGACGACGAUGGAGAUGAUGCUCUCGAUAGUGAUAAGGAAAACGAACGUACAUAUCAAGAAGUUGUGUCCCGAAACUUGCUCUCCCUUAUGGAGGAGGAAGCAUUGGAAGCGAUCCGUAGUGGCAGCGGGCAGGGCGUCCGUUCGCGUCGGCCCUGGGACGACGACUUCGUGCUCAAGCGGCAGUUCUCCGCACUCAUACCGGCGUUCGACCCGCGCCCGGGCAGGACCAACCUUAACCAGACAGUUGAUCUCGAUAUACCAGUGAACGAAGAUUCCGAAGCAGAGGAGGCGACAGAAGUAGCAGAGGUGGGCAACAGCAGCGGUAAUGACAGCGGGUCGCGGUUGCCUGCUCUGCGAUUAGUGCUAAGCGCGGGCGGAACGUCUUUGCCAUUGGAGCGUUCAUCGUGGACUCUGUACCGUGCAGUGUUAGCACUAAAUGCUAAACUACCCGCCCACGAUACACACCGUGAUACCACAUAUACAUUAACCUAUAGAGAAAUUGAGGGAAUGGAUACUUUCGCGUCGUCCAGCGAUAGCGAAGACGAUGAACCAUGCGAUCCAGAGAACGGGCUGGCCGGAGCGGAAGGUGCGGACGGCGCAAUGGCGACGUGUUGUGUGCGAGUGCUGAGGAGACUGCGAGCGGCCGCGCCUGCGCUACCCCCCGAGCCGUUCCUGUCCACCAAGCUCACCAACAAACUGCACCAGCAGCUGCAGGAGCCGCUGGCGCUCGCCGCCGCCGCCACGCCGCACUGGUGCCAACAAUUGAACGACUGGUGCCCAUUCCUCUUCCCGUUGGAAACGCGACAAAUGUUCUUCGCUUGUACCGCUUUCGGCACUUCUCGAACUAUAGUGUGGCUGCAAGCGCAAAGAGACAGGGCUCUCGAGAGGCAAAGAGCUGGCAACACUGUGUCACCUCGCCGUGCAGAGCUGGAGGCGACAGAGUUCCGUAUGGGCCGUCUAAGGCACGAGCGAGUGCGGAUACCGCGACAACCCGAUUUGUUGCGUUCUGCUAUGCAGGUGAUGCGCGUGCACGCGGGGCGUAAGUCGGUCCUGGAGGUGGAGUUUGCCGGCGAGGAGGGCACCGGGUUAGGGCCCACGCUGGAGUUCUACGCGCUCGUGGCGGCCGAGCUGCAGCGCGCCGACCUCUGCAUGUGGCUGCACGACGCGCCGCACCCGCCCGACGACAGCGCGCCCUAUCACCUCACGCUGCCCGACGAAAAACCGCCUGGUUACUAUGUGACACACACCAGAGGUCUCUUUCCAGCGCCACUCCCUCAAGACUCUUCAAUCUGUGAUAAAGUUUGCAAAUAUUUCUGGUUCUUAGGAGUAUUUUUAGCUAAGGUACUACAGGACGGACGACUCGUAGAUUUGCCGUUGUCUGAGCCGUUCUUAAGAAUUAUGUGCGGCGACGAACUUACUACGGAACACCUAGAAGAAGUAGAUCCGAUUAGAUAUAGGUUUUUGCAAAACGUGCUGACGGCUGCAGAGGAGUAUGAAACGAUAAACCGUAACACUUCGCUGACUGCUGAAGAGCGUGAAAAGAAAAUAAACAAUUUAACAGUGGAGGGGGCUACUUUCGAGGAACUUUCUCUAACUAUGACUCAUAUUGCCGCACAUACUGACCCCUCGGUGUCCGUACAACCGCUAUGCGACAGCGGAGAGCAUAUAGAGGUGGGCGCGCACAACAGUCGCGCGUACGCGGAGGCGUCGGCGCGGUGGGCGGUGCGCGAGGGCGUGCGGCGGCAGACGGCGGCGUUCCGGCGCGGGUUCCGGGCCGUGUUCCCGCCCCGCCGGCUGCGCGCCUUCUGCCCCGCCGAGCUGCGCCUGUUGCUUUGCGGCGAGCGCGGGCCCGCCUGGACGCGCGACACCCUGCUGCAGUACACCGAGCCCAAGCUGGGCUACACGCGCGACAGUCCCGGGUUCCUGCGUCUGGUGGACGUAUUGGUGGAGAUGUCGGUGCGCGAGCGUAAGGCCUUCCUACAAUUCGCUACCGGCUGCAGCAGCCUGCCGCCCGGCGGGCUCGCCAACUUGCAUCCGAGACUCACCGUCGUGCGAAAGGUGGAUGCCGGUGACGGUUCUUAUCCAUCGGUGAAUACCUGCGUACAUUACUUGAAGUUGCCGGAGUACUCAUGCAAAGAGGUGCUGAGGGAAAGACUGCUAGCCGCCACUAACGAGCGCGGCUUUCAUCUCAACUAGAUACUCUACAUCAAUCCGAUUACUAACAUAAACUUUAUUACGCUAUAGAUUUUAAGACCUAUUUGUAAUGUACAGUCUAGUGCUUUAAUUUUCGACCUACUUCAUAGAAAUAUUGUUUGAAUAUUCCCAUGCAAUAAGGUCGAAAGCUUCAGUACAAAAAUAACGGUAAAAUAAAAUCGUAACGUUAUGAUUUCGAAUAUAACGAAAUACUAAUUUGGUUGUUUCAAAUAUAAGUAGAAGCUGUUUAAGUGUUUGUUCCUUGUACGACAUUUAACCUCUAGUGGGUCCAAAUUAAAGUAAGUGACUGUACAGUUAAAUCCGAUAACUAAUCACCAUUGAUAUAUAUUUAUAUUUUCAAAAGUUGGUCCUACCCUAAUGUGGUUGCGCUUGGUUUGUAUUUUCGUUUUAUUUUUAUAGAAUUGUUACUCUAGGAACUAAAUCAUGGAGGACUAGGUUUUUCCUAACCAGCUGUAAAGUCAAACUGGGCAGAUAAUGUGAUCGGCUGGCCUAUAGUUCGUCUAUGUAUUGGCUGUAUUUUCUCUCUUUUCAUGCGAUUGUCGCUCAGUCUAUUCUGUAUGUCUAUCACGAAGUUUUUUUUUUAAUGUUAAAUUGCAUUUUAUUGCAGGAUAGGACCACCUAACAUCCGACAAAUAUAUGCCGAGAGGUGUAAUAGAUUGUCUAAGAACUGUUCAACAUUUGAGUAGGUAUUUGAGGCAAGAUAAAAACUUGUUCAAUAUUUCUCGCAGUACAUAUCUGCAGAUCUCUGUACUUAAGUACAGAUCUGCAGAAGUUCGUAGAAGGGUAGCGGCGCUAAAUCGACCUUUAUAUUUUUAAACAAGAUAAUAUUUUUUUGCAAAUAAUGUUCUCGAGGUUAUUUUGUAAUAUGUAUAUAUCCCUUCAGGGAAGCGGUACUCAAUCGACCCUUUAUAUUUAUGAAUGAGGCCUGGCUGAAGUCUGGUCUGCGAUUCAGUACUUAGGUUUAUCAGGAGAAUAUUGUCAUGACUACUUAGACACGAGACAAAUUGUGCCUUAAAUAUCUUCCCAAAAAUGUAUAACAAUUCUCUUACUUAGGUUGUGUAGACAAAAGAUAAAACACGUUUCCGCAAACACACGUUUACAAAAAUAAAUGUUCGAUUUAUAGACCAUUUAAGUGAGAAUGGCAAAAUAUAUAAUGUAUCUUAAAACGGCAUUGUGGCUUUUAACAUUUUAGUUGAAAUAUAUAUAAUAAAAGGCGUCACGUAAAAAUAAUUUGAUGUUAUAAUUUGUGGUCGGUAAUAUUAUAUGAUCUGUAAAAUUGUCGGUACCUUCAGUUUGAAAGGUAGAGAGGCUAACUUAAGAUUGUUGAAAAUACGCUUUCGACCAGAUCUCUAUGAAGUGUGAUUUAUAUAUAUUUCGUUCAAAGUGAUAUGUUUGUGUUUGGAAUAUUUAUUUUGUCUCGUAUAUGAAAAAAAAUUUAUUGUGUUUUUUUAUUCAUUAAAAUUUUAUUUAAAAUUUAGAUUGAAAUUUGACAUGUAUUUUUGGGGUUUUUAUACUUAAAGUAGCUGCAAGUGCUUAGACUGUAAAUAAUGAAGUUAUUCUUGUAGCAGUUACAACUUUCGUUGAAGACAAUAUAAAUAAAUAAGUUGACUUGAUAUGAAAUAAAUCGUUUAUAACGUGAUCUGAAUGCAAAGAUGAUAGCUAGGUAGGUACGGUACGGUCUACGGAAAGAAUGCGAUCCUAACAGUCGUGGUAAGUUCCUUAUGGCGAUAGCACUAGAGUUUAUAUUCAAACCUCUUUUAUACUUAAUCGGAAGAAUACUUUAUUCUGUUAACAUAGGUAGUGAUACAACCUGUCAUGAUCGCAUUCUUACGUUGGCCGCACUUCAGUAGGACACAAUCCUACGAAAAUAUUAGUGCUCUGAAGUUUGAAUUUGUUUUUUUUUUCAAUAAGCGCAAUAUUAUUUAUCCCUAGUAAGGGUUUAUUUCAAUUUUAUUAUACUUUAUCAAUAUUAUGCUAAGGAACUAAAAAUUCUAUUUCUUUUAUUCCUACUAUCAGGCGGCCUAUACUUGUGAGGCGUAUGUACUUCUAACUACUGUUCAUUUUCCCCAUAGUUCUUAAAACAACUCCAAAAACAUAAAAAUUGUUGUAUUAAAUAUAUUUGUGUAAUGUAAUUGUCACCUGUAUUGUGAUCGGAACUUAUAGCAAAUUCUAUGAAAAAUACAACUUCAGGGUGUAAAACACAAUGAUAAUAUUUAGCUACGUUCCUUUAGUUGAAUAGUUAGUCAACUGAAAGUUGAUUGUGAUUUACUUAUAAUAAAUAUGUAUCAAUAAAAAUAUUUUAGUUUAUUAAGAAUUUAAUGUAAUUUAACAAUUAAGCAUCUUGUAGUGCUCGUAUAUUUGUUGUUGAGGAUUGUAUCAAUAAAAUAAGAAAUUUAUA